UUAAAAGGUUGGUGUGAAAGAGUAAUCUUACUCAUCUGGUGUUUAAUUUUCCCUCUCUUGCAAAAUGAGUUUCUUAGUUACUGUAACUAACAUGAAAUUUUGUGUCGCUCUUUUUUAAACAACAUUUGUCUUCAACAAGUUGUUUCUUUUAAAUUGGUUGACAUUUGAGUCUCAAUUAGUGUCUAUCCUGUUGAUAAUUCACAGAUUGUAUCUGACUAAGAGAGUUUUUAAAUCCAACAGGACUUCGAUUGGACUUGACUGUGCCAUGUGAAAUUUCUGCCAAUCAUCAACCUAUCACUAUAGAACAUGAAAUUAUUGCUCAACUCCAAAAUGAGCUCCAAAGAGGAAUCAAUUUAUAUAGUUGGUCGUUAUAAUAAAUUUAGCAGAAACCUUUGUCAAACACCUUGGAUUAUUGAUGGAGUUCGCCGGAUGGAAAGCUCUGUUCAAGAUCUUAUUGUCAAUGAAAUUGAAAAACGAGUCAAAUAUGAAAAGGCCAAAUUCAGUGCUUGUGGUCGAGAGGAUGUUGAUGUACGGAUGCUUGGAGAUGGACGACCAUUUGUUGUUGAAUUGAUGAAACCUGAAGUGAAUAAUAUAAGUGAUCAAGUAUUAGAUGAAAUUGAACAAGAAAUCAAUACUAACUGUACAGAAAUCAAAGUUAGAGAUUUACAAUUAACAGUGAAAGAAGAAGUAAAAGUACAAUUAAAACUUGGUGAAACUGAUAAGACGAAAAGAUAUCGCGCAUUAUGUUGCAUUAAUCGACCAUUGACUGAAAUGGAUUUUCAGAAGUUCCAGUCGAUAAAGGAUUUAACCAUCAACCAAAAGACACCUAUUAGAGUUUUACAUAGACGAUCUCUUUUAAAUCGUCCUCGAGUCAUCCAUAGGAUUUCCGCAGAAAAAACUGAAGAUGAUCAUAAAUUUAUAAUUGAAUUGACUACGGAAGCUGGAACUUACAUUAAAGAGUUUGUUCAUGGAGAUUUUGGAAGAUCUACUCCCAAUUUAGCUGAAAUUAUGGGCGAUUGCAGAACAGAUAUAAUUGAAUUAGAUGUCAUAGCGAUAACAAUGGAUUGGCCUAAGACUAAGGCUAUAAAAUCAGCUACACCAACGGAAGGCACGAAAGCAAAGAUAGAGAAUGACUGUACAAACGACUUUCCAUGCACAAAGAGAUUUAAACAUGAGAAUUAAAAUUAAUUGAAAUAAAGCAACAUUAAAAUAAACACUUUUUGAUAUCUUUUA